AUGGCAACUCCAGCAUCUGUGAUCAUCGUAGGCUCUGGUGUCUUUGGACUCGGGACGGCAUAUGCACUAGCACAACGAGAUGCAUAUCGCAAUACACAGAUCACAGUACUGGAAAGGCUGCCCUUUCCUGCUCCCGAUGCUGCGAGCAUAGAUUCAUCCCGAAUCAUAAGACCAGACUAUGCGGACCCAGCUUAUGCAGCACUAAUGUUAGAAGCUCAUCCUCACUGGCGUGGAGAAUUCGGUGCUGACGGUCGAUACAUGGAAGCUGGACUAUGCCUCACUCAGGAGGAUGCUGCUAACGGCGAGGACGACGCUGCUCAUUACUAUCUUGUGAAGGCACUGGAGAAUGUCAAGACUAAGCUGGGUCUGAAGGUGGGUAGACGGGAGGAUGGUGGGCAAGUAGAAAUGCUGGAAUCUUCCGAGGAUGUGAGCAGGGUCGUGAGGAGUAUGGGGGGCGACUGUGGAAGACGAGGCUAUGUCAACUGGACUUCUGGUUGGGCGGAUGCGGAAGCUGGUGUGAGGCAUAUGAGGAAGAUGGUUGAGGCUACUGGACGAGUGAUCUUUCGCACUGCUGAGGUCAAGCGUCUACACUACAGCAGCAAUGCUGUCAAGGCUGUAGAGCUUGCAGGUGGCGAGCAGCUUAGAGCAGAUCUCAUAGUGCUGGCUACAGGUGCCUGGACGCCUAAGCUGGUCGACCUACGUGGUGUAAGUUCGGCGACAGGGCAGGUCCUGGCCUACAUCGACAUCACGCAGGAAGAACAGGAUCGACUUGGUAGCAACCCUACUCUACUUUGCGAGACCAACGGCAUGUUCAUCAUCCCUCCUCGCAAUCGUGUGCUGAAGGUAGCGAGACAUGGUUAUGGCUACUCAAAUCCCACGCAGAUACAGCACCCUGAGCGUCCCGACUCCGGAGAGGAGAUCACUGUUUCCCUUCCGCGGACCAAGCACGACGAUCCUCAAUUGAGCAUACCAGCCGAGGGUGACGAAGCAUGCCGUGCAUAUCUGUCAAAGUGUAUUCCGGACUUGUCGAACAGAUCUUGGACGCAAACGAGGAUAUGCUGGUAUACAGACACUCCUAGUGGUGACUGGCUGAUCAGCUAUCAUCCCAAGUACAGCAAUCUCUUCUUGGCUACUGGUGGCAGCGGACAUGGGUACAAGUUUCUGCCUAUCAUUGGUGAAAGAAUUGUAGACAUUAUCUCGAACCAUGAAAGGGAUGAGCUGGGUGCGGAGCUCAGGAAGAAGUGGCAGUGGCCGGAUUCAAGGCAGGAGAGUGAUCAUGUGUGGACUGAUGACUGGAGAGGUGGAGUAAAAGGCAUGAUACUGGAAGAUGAGUUCAGGAAAGGUGAAGCUAGAGUUGUUGAGACGGAAGCGUCGAGGGGUAGGGGCGGUAUCACAGAGGCGGGAAUAGCAGGUGGGAAGGAUGGCGACUGGGAAAUCAGUGCUGCUCAAUAUGAAGCCGAGGUGAAAGCUGAAGACUCGAAGCUAAGAUCCACUUCCGUCGAACACUACCGACACGCCACACUCGCAGAUAAAAUCAUGGCCACUGCAGUCUUCGACAUCCAGGAGCUCUUGGAAUCCAUUCUCCUGCGAUGCACUACUGCCGACCUGCAACGUUCUCGGCGAGUCAACAAGCAGUGGCAUGCGACUGUCGACUCUUCCAUUCGAAUGCAACGUGCGCUGUUCCAUGCUGCUGUCAAGGUGGACGAUCUGGCCGAUGAUUUCCGCAAGUAUAAAAUCGACCCAGGGCAUAUAGCAGCGCCUACGCGCAAGCUUGGCGGCACAACGCGAUACUCUCUUCAUCCCACCAUCAAGCCAUCGAUGCGACAUGCAGGCCUGCGCACCGCGAUGCAAAAGUUCGCUCGCACAAGUCUCAAGGACAGCUACCUUACCCAGCCGGCUGCUCUUUCCGUGUUCCUCUGGUGUGAGGUAUUCACGGACCGUUGGAAGAUCACCUUCAUACAUCUCGACGAAUAUGAGACUUUCUCGACCCUACUGGACAAGAUCAACGCCAAUCCAGGUCCUUCUUCUUUAGAUGAUAAAAAACAGCGCUGGCGGUUGAGGUGGGCCGAUGCUCAUGAAGAAGAAAGACCUUGUUACUAA